CCAUUUUUCUCUGUACUUCAACUCAAACACAAAGCCCCUUUCUCUUCUUCAACAAUCUCCUCUCUCUCUCUCUCUCUCUCUCUCUCUCUCUCUCUCUCUAAUUCAAAGCACUUUGAAUUUUAGAGUUAAGUAUAUUCAUGGCGAAAGCUGGAAAACUAACGAAGCUCAAGUCUGCAAUAAAAAGAUGGCCGUCUCUAAAGAAACUGACCCGCACCGGCAGCGCCAUAGCGGCGUCGGAUUCCGAAGAGAAAUCGAAUUACCCGAGGGGUCAUCACCCAGUUUAUGUCGGCAAGUCGCGGCGGAGAUACCUGGUAAGGUCGAAGAUCAUCCGCCACCCUCUGUUCCAAGAGCUGGUAGAUAGGUCCGGCGGCAGUGGCGGCGGUGAUGACGACGGUGAUUUCGUGGUGUCUUGCGAAGUUGUUUUGUUCGAGCACUUGCUUUGGAUGCUCGAGAACGACGGAGCUCAGUCGGGUUCCAUGGAAGAGCUGGUCGAGUUCUACACUUGCUAACAAAAAGAAUGAAAAUAGAUGAUGCAUAUGUCGAAUUUGUAAAAAGAUGAAGGGCAUGAAAGAAAAAUAAUUGGAAUUUAAGAAGUGUUAGGAAACAGGAAAUGCACUUUUGGGGACGAUGAGGUGAUUAAUCCAUAAUUUGAUUUUAGCUGCA